CAAAAUAACAAAUGGACCAGAAUUGAACCGUCCUGCGAAGAAAUCAACUGCAAAUGAACCAGCGAGCUGCUCAGACGAUCGCACAUGCACAAUCGAAAACGUACCCGCGACGUGUCAAGAUUUUGACGAUGUGGACCCGAAACCGAAACUAUGCCCACCUAAACGAUAUUUACGCCCGCUGACUGUCAAUGUCAGUUCAGAAGGGUCGGCUUCAAAUUCCGUCAUCAAUAUUUUAAGAGAUAAAUCUAGAGCAACAUGUCAAAAGGAUCUAUCUCGAAACUGAUAUUUCCGAGAAAAUUACCUUCGAAGUUUGAGUUUCCUUGUUUAAAUUCUAUUUAACAUUUCAAAGCGAUUUUAUAAUUUUUUUCUAUUAGAAUCAAGGCAACCCAUGUUUGAUAUUUAGUUGUACCACAGUUAGCGAAAAUAAAAUAUCUUCACUUUGUAUUUAACCUUCAAACGAAACACACGUAUUUUUUUAAUAACCUCUGGCUAUCAGCUUAUGGGCCCAGAGUAGUUUCGUUAAAAAAAAUGCAGUCAAAUACUUAAAAGGACUGGUUCCGGAGAUACGGCGAUCUUAACAGGAACUCGAACUCGCGUAGGCAUGCAAAAUCAAUUGGCAAUCGAGCGUUUGAUUGGACGCGAAAACUGGAGAACUUGCAAGUUUGCAGUGAAAACUUAUUUAGAAGUUGAAGACCUAUGGGACGUGGUGCAGCCAACCCCGAAUGCCGACGGAAGUUUUCCUGUAGUGGAUGCGAGAAAGGAUAAAAUUGUGCGAGGUAAAAUUAUUUUACUGAUCGAUCCGGUGAAUUAUAUCUACGUCCAGGAAGUGAAAACGGCGCGUGAAGUUUGGGAAAAGCUGACCAACACCUUCGAGGACACAGGAUUGACCCGCCAGUGGGCACUUUUGCACAAGCUCAUUAUGACAAAUUUGAAUAGCUGCGGUUCAAUGGAGGCAUACGUGAAUCGAAUGAUUUCAACAGCACAUCAAUUAAAUAGAAUUGGGUUCCCGCUAAACGAUAAGUGGAUUGGCAUGUUGCUGCUGGCUGGACUACCCCAGGAAUAUCGCCCGAUGGUAAUGGGCCUGGAAAAUUCUGGAAUCGAAAUAACAGGUGACAUUAUCAAGACCAAGUUGCUCCAGGAGACGGAUUUAUCGGUGGUAACUAUGGGAUCAGCGUUUAUUUCGGCGAAGAAAAAAACGAAUGGUUUUCAUAGCAACACGAACAACAGUCAUUGUAAUACAAACUACAGUUUUAACAACGCAAACAUUGGCCAUGGCCAUGCAUACACAAACUCGAAAGGUAAAGGACCGAAAUGCAGACGAUGUGAGAAAUUUGUUCAUAUUGCGAGAAAUUGUCAAGCAAAAGAACCAGCAAAACGCAGCGGUCCAGACAGAAAAGGGAUGCUAUCUGCACCGUGUUGUCAGUACGAGAUUCAGACACGGACGACUGGUAUUUUGAUUCAGGUUCUGCCAAGCAUCUUACCAACAACAAGCAAUUGUUGGAGAACUUGCGUGAAGCGGAUGGUAGUAUAUACGCGGCAAACAAGGGUGUAAUGAAAAUUGUUGCGGA